UAUUGGAAACCGAAAUUUUAAUGGAGGAUAAAAAUGGGAAUAUAGAGUCAAACUGAAGUGCUAAAGAAAAGUAAAAUAUGCUCUUCGACUGGCAGCACUAACACACAGAGAAGGGAAGGGAAGAGAGAAAAACUAAGAAGAUGAAGGCUUUGGGAUGGUGGUUAAUGCUGGUGGGUUCACUUCGAUUAGCAUCCGUUUGGUUCGGCUUCUUCGAUAUUUGGGCUCUUCGUCUUGCUGUUUUCUCCAACACCACUAUGUCUGAAGUUCAUGGGAGGACGUUUGGAGUUUGGACUCUUUUGACUUGUACUCUCUGUUUUCUUUGUGCAUUUAACUUGGAAAAUAAGCCGCUGUACUUGGUGACGUUUCUGUCAUUCAUCUAUGCCUUUGGUCACUUUUUGACCGAAUACCUCUUCUAUCAAACAAUGGCCCUCUCAAAUCUGACGACUGUAGGCAUAUUUGCAGGGACAUCAAUUAUAUGGAUGCUAUUACAGUGGAAUUCACAUCAACCGACACAUGUCAAGCGUACCUGAAAAUGAACUCCUUUGGUUUCAGUUUGUUUAAUCUUAUCUCAGGCAUGGGGAUUUAUCAGUAUCCAUUUUACAUUCUUGAUGAGUACUAACUGAUAACAUCUGUUUGCAAUUAGAUUCUGGAGUUACUGUCUAA